CGCCAGCUUGGUGCCAUGCUCCAGCCGGCCGUCAACAAGUUCUCGCUCCGCAUGUUCGGCAGCCACAAGGCGGUGGAAAUCGAGCAGCAGCGGGUCAAGUCGGCCGGCUUCUGGAUCAUCCACCCCUACAGCGAUUUCAGGUUUUACUGGGACUUGAUCAUGUUGCUUCUGAUGGUGGGAAACCUGAUCAUCCUCCCAGUAGGCAUCACAUUUUUCAAGGACGAGAACACGCCGCCCUGGAUUGUCUUCAACGUCCUGUCGGACACCUUCUUCCUGGCCGACCUCGUUCUGAAUUUCCGCACGGGCAUCGUGGUGGAAGACAACACGGAGAUCAUCCUGGACCCGCACACCAUCAAAAUGAAGUAUCUCAAGAGCUGGUUUCUGGUGGACUUCAUUUCCUCAAUCCCCGUAGAUUACAUCUUCCUCAUCGUAGACCUGGAGACCCAGAUGGACUCCGAAGUCUACAAAACGGCGCGGGCCUUGCGCAUCGUCCGCUUCACCAAAAUCCUCAGCCUCCUGCGUCUCCUGCGCCUCUCGCGGCUCAUCCGUUAUAUCCACCAGUGGGAAGAGAUUUUCCAUAUGACCUAUGACCUGGCAAGCGCCGUGGUCCGGAUCUUCAACCUGAUCGGGAUGAUGCUGCUACUCUGCCACUGGGACGGCUGUUUGCAGUUCCUGGUGCCCAUGCUGCAGGAUUUCCCUGAAGACUGCUGGGUCUCCAUCAACCAUAUGGUGAACGACUCGUGGGGCAAACAGUACUCGCACGCCUUGUUCAAAGCGAUGAGCCACAUGCUAUGCAUCGGCUACGGCCAGCAGGCUCCGGAGGGCAUGACGGACGUCUGGCUGACCAUGCUGAGCAUGAUCGUGGGCGCCACCUGCUACGCCAUGUUCAUCGGCCACGCCACCGCCCUCAUCCAGUCCCUGGACUCCUCUCGGCGCCAGUACCAGGAGAAGUACAAACAAGUGGAACAGUAUAUGUCUUUCCAUAAACUGCCGGGAGACACGCGUCAACGGAUCCAUGAAUAUUACGAGCAUCGUUACCAGGGCAAGAUGUUUGACGAGGAGAACAUCCUGGGGGAGCUGAGUGAACCCCUCAAAGAGGAAAUCAUCAAUUUCAAUUGCCGCAACCUGGUGGCCAACAUGCCCCUCUUCGCCAACGCCGACCCCAACUUUGUGACGGCCAUGUUGACCAAGCUGCGCUUCGAGGUCUUCCAGCCGGGGGACUUUAUCAUCCGAGAAGGGACAGUGGGGAAGAAAAUGUUCUUCAUUCAACACGGGGUGGUCAGUAUCCUCACCCGCGGAUCGAAGGAGAUGAAGCUCUCGGACGGGUCCUACUUUGGAGAGAUCUGCCUCUUGACCCGUGGCCGGCGCACGGCCAGCGUGCGAGCCGACACCUACUGCCGCCUCUACUCGCUCUCGGUCGACCAUUUUAACGAAGUCUUGGAGGAGUACCCCAUGAUGCGGCGAGCGUUCGAAACCGUGGCCAUGGACCGUCUGGAUCGCAUCGGGAAGAAGAACUCCAUCCUGCUGCGCAAGAGGGCGGAGCACAGCUCCAGCAACCUCAGCAACGAAAUCAUCCAGCAGAUCGUGAAGCACGACCAGGACACGGCCCACAACAUCCAGGAGCUGCCGCUGGUGACGGCCGGCCGGGAGCUGAGCGGCAAGCCCGUUAUCUGGGAGCCCCUGGUCCAUGCCCCCUUGCAGACGGCAGCCGCCACCACGAACGUGGCCAUCGCCUUGACCCACCACCAGAACUUGGCCGCCCACCUUUUCCUGCCCCCUUCCUCCAUCUCCAGCCCUCUCUCUCCGGACGCUGUCCUCGUGUCUCGCCACCCCCGGCGCUCCCAGCCCAGCCUGGCCGGCUCACGCCCUUCCUCGGUCAGCUCCCCGGCUUCCGGAGCCCCGUCGCACUUACAGACGCCGGCAGCCGGUUCCCCGUGGUCCCCCGUGGGCCAGCCGGCCUCGCCACUGGAGAGCGCCGGAGUCCAAAGAGGCUCGGUGGGGCAAGCCAUCCCUCGCCCCGUCCCAAAGGCUGAAACCGGAUCGGGAACCGGCCCGCCACCGCUUUCCAAAUCUCGGGCCACGUCGGUCUCCACGUUACUCCUGCAACAGCCGGGGAGCACCUCGUCGUCGGCUCCCCCGGGGCGAACUCUCCACUACAGCCUCUCUCGGGCGAGCGGCUCCCACAUUUCUCUCUUUCUGCAGCCCCAGCAGCUGGUGAAACACCGCAGCGCCCACGGCCUUUCGGCCCGCGGCCUCACCCAGGACGUCCGGCCGCUUUCCGCCUCCCAGCCGUCGCUCCCCCACCGGCUGACCCAGCAGGCGGACAUGGGCUCUUCGUCCCAUCCGGCCCGGAAGUCGGCCGGCAACCUGACACACCGCUCCACCCCGUCUGUCCCCGGGCUCUUAGCCAAACCGCCCGCGGGCACGGCUGGGCCCCCUUCUUCGCCCCAGCCGGUGCCUUUGGGUUCCAGCCAUUCCAUGAGCGGGGCCAGCACCCCCCAGUCCCCGGCUUCCACCCCUCGACACGCCGCCCCGUCCCGCAAAGGCUCCGUGGCUUUCAGCCCGGAGGUGGACGCCGGGAAACCGAAGCUCACGUCCAACAUGUAAGGUUACGAGAAUGGGAGCCGCAUCUUCUUAUCCCGGGGCCGGAGGAAAGGUCACCUUCCAAAGCGAGCAGGCCCCGCUGGGGGCGUUCACCACCGCAGGGCGAGGGGUUCGUCCCGGGAGAGCACCCAAGGGCGAAAGAGCCACUCUCUCAGAAAGCACACCAAAGGCGUCCAUCAAAGGCCAAGCUGAACCCCACUUUUUCCCCCGAAGG